GCUACCAGACAAGGCUUUGUCUGAUAGCCAGUUGUAGCAGUGGUAUAGUGCAAUUAAUGUAUUGUUUAGUGUUGUGUAGUGGCUUUGCUGGCAUGCAUCCCACUUAUUUUUCAUAAUUUAGAUAUACAGCAUUGGUUCUAUAUCAUGUUGGAUAUUUUUUAAGUACAUCCACUCAUUCAAGAUACAAAAAAGUCGCUAACAAUGGGAGAAUUCAUUUUCCAUUGCUUGGUGCUCCGUGUGAGCGGAGUUAAUCGUUAUUUAUACAUUCCAUUGGUCCUUAACCAAAAUCUCCACCAACCGGAGGCUCUGGGCCAUGCAAAACGAACUCGACCAAUGCCACUAGCAGAAUUUGCUUAGGGAGGUGGGUGAUGGGGGACGUGCCUCCUACGCGUACUCCAAUCGCCACUCGAAUGAGCUCUUCUCGUUACCUAAACGAAACAUACACAAACAUGGCGACAAGACAGACAGUCAAGAUGCUGUCUCCUCUUAGGUUUACAAUAUAUUUGUUAUUUUUCUUUUCUCCUGGUACAUUUUCUUCCACCCUUCGUCUGCAUCGAGACCUGCGUUUCUUGCUACCGCAGGACAGGGGUUUUUCUACGGUUAACGCAAAGGAAGAAUUUAUCCAUGGAAUAGGCGCGGAUGCGAAGCGACGAGCUGCACAUAGUGCAAGGGAAGACAUAGCUUCGGGCAUGUAUCAGCAUCGCAAUCGGCGGAGUGCAGUCGAACCACCCGUGCCAAAGGUGUAUGGACAGGCCAACCUGAACGAUUCCCAUAACCAGAUGGUGGUGCACUGGGCCGGGGAGAAGAGCAAUGUCAUCGUGGCGCUGGCCAGAGACAGUAUCGGAGCCACAGGUCCCAAGACUAGCUCGGUGUACGUGUCUUACGACUAUGGAACCAGCUUCUCCCCCAUCUCAGAGAAGUUUCAGCUGAGUGGGGAGAAGGAGAAAGAGGGGAACAAGCAGGUCAUCUCCCAGUUCUAUCACAGCCCCGCUGACAAUAAGAGGUACCUCUUUGCAGACAGCACCAACAGCUACCUCUGGAACUCCUUUGACUUCUGCAAGACCAUCCAGGGGUUCUCCAUCCCCUUCAAGCCCACAGAUCUGCUGCUGCACAGCAAGAGAGCAAACCUGGUCCUGGGCUAUGACGGCUCCCACCCCAACAAACAGCUAUGGAAAUCUGACGAUUUUGGAGAGACAUGGGUGUUGAUCCAAGAGCACGUGAAGGCAUAUUUCUGGGGUGUGGAGCCGUACGAUUCCCCCACCACGGUGCUGGUCCAGAGGCACGAGCCCCAGGGGGUGUCCAGCAUCCUCAGCAGCACCGACUUCUUCCAGAGCGGGCAGAACCGCCGAGUCAUCCUGGAGAGAGUGGACAACUUCCAGCUCCGGGACAAGUACAUGUUCGCCACCACUUCCACAACUUUGUUGGGGAGCCAUGAACCGUCGUCUGUCCAGCUGUGGGUAUCCUACAACCGCCAGCCAAUGAAAGCCGCCCAGUUCAUGACCCGCCACCCAAUCACAGAGUACUACAUCGCUGACGCUUCGGAGGACCAGGUGUUUGUUUGCGUCAACCACGUCAACAACGUCACCCACCUGUACAUCUCAGACACGCAGGGCCUGUCCUUCUCCCUGUCCCUGGAGAAUGUGCUAUACUACAGCCCAGAGGGUUCAGGCAGCCACACCCUCAUCAGGUACUUUGCCAGCGAGCCCUUUGCUGACCUGCACCGCGUGGAGGGUCUGCGCGGCGUCUUCGUGGCCACGCUCAUCAACGGCUCACUCAGCGAGGACAACAUGCGCUCUGUAAUCACCUUCGACAAGGGGGGCACCUGGGAACUGCUGCUGGCCCCCUCUGCCGACAGCCUGGGAGGAACACUGGACUGCCAGCUCUCCAAGGGCUGCUCCCUCCACCUGGCCCAGCGCUGGAGCCAGCUUCUCAACAUUCAGCUGCGCAGGAUGCCCAUUCUGUCCAAGGAGUCAGCGCCAGGGCUCAUCAUGGCCACAGGCUCUGUGGGCAAGAACCUGGCCAACAAGCCCAACGUGUAUGUGUCCAGCAGUGCUGGGGCCAGAUGGAGAGAGGCGCUGACCGGUCCUCACUUCUACACGUGGGGUGACCACGGGGGCAUCCUCAUGGCCAUCGCCCAGGGGGGCUCCACCACACACCUCAAGUUCAGUACCAAUGAGGGGGAGACGUGGACAGACUUCCGUUUCUCUGACAGGGAGGUGUAUGUCUACCAGCUGCUGACUGAGCCGGGGGAGAAGAGCACCAUCUUUACCGUCUUCGGCUCCUACGCCGACCAGAGACACAGCUGGCUCAUCCUGCAGGUCAACGCCAGCGACGUGCUUGGCGUGCCGUGCGCCGAGGGAGACUACAAGCGCUGGUCCCCGUCAGACGAGCGGGGCAACGACUGCCUUCUGGGUAGUGAGAUGGUGUACAAGCGACGCACGCCCCACGCCACCUGCUUCAACGGUGAAGACUUCGACCGCCCCGUCACCGUAUCCAACUGCUCCUGCACACGCCAGGACUACGAGUGUGACUAUGGCUACAAGCUGAGCGAGGACCUGUCCCUCCAGGUGUGCCUGCCCGACCCCGAGUUCUCGGGGAACCUCUACGCCCCUCCCGUGCCAUGCCCCGUUGGAACUACCUACCGUCGCAGUACGGGGUACAGGAAGGUGUCUGGGGACAGCUGUAGUGGAGGGGAUGUAGAAGCCAGACUGGAUGGAGAGAUGCUCCCAUGUCCUGUAGGAGAGAGUAAUGAGUUCAUCCUGUACGCUGUGAGGAACUCCAUCCAUCGCUAUGACCUGGCCACAGGGACCGACCAGGCCCUGCCCCUCUCUGGUCUCCGCGAGGCCGUGGCCCUGGACUUUGACUACCAACGGAACUGCCUCUAUUGGGCUGACAUCUCGCUGGACACCAUACAGAGGCUUUGUCUGAACGGCAGUACGGGACAGGAAGUGAUCGUGAGGAAAGACCUACAGAAUGUGGAGGCCCUCACCUUUGACCCCAUCAGCAGGCUGCUUUACUGGGUGGAUGCCGGAGCGCAGAGGAUUGAGGUGUCUAACCCUGAUGGGGACCUACGUCACACUCUGCUCAACUCCUCAGUGCUGGAGCAUCCCAGAGCUCUGGUCCUCAUGCCAGGAGAGAGCCUGAUGUUCUGGACGGAUUGGGGCGACCAUGCGGCUGGCGUGUACCGCGGCUACAUGGACGGCUCCAAUGUGUCAUGCAUCGUGUCCGAGGGCGUCCGCUGGCCCAACGGCAUCACAGCAGACGACCAAUGGCUGUACUGGACCGAGGCCUACGGUGAUCGCAUCGAGCGGGCCGACUUCACCGGCGGUCAGCGCAGCGUGGUCAUGGAGGGCCUGCCUCACCCCUAUGCCAUUGCUGUUUUCAAGAAUGACCUGUACUGGGAUGACUGGUCAAGGAGGGGCAUCUUCAAGGCUCCCAAAGCAGGUUCCCAGGACAACGAACUCAUAGUGGGUAGACUGACCGGGGUCAUGGACCUCAAAAUCUUCUACAAGGGCAAGACCAGAGGCCAUAAUGCCUGUGCAGACCAACCCUGCAGCCUACUGUGUCUGCCCCUGCCCGGGCACCGCCACACCUGUGUAUGCCCCGACGGAGCGCCCACCAUCACCCUACCCAACGAACAGCUCCAGUGCCAGUGUCCCACCGGCUACCAGCUCCACAACAGCACCUGCGUCAAGACAGAACACACGUGCCUGCCCAACCAGUACCGCUGCUCCAACGGCAAGUGCAUCAGCAGCAUCUGGAAGUGCGACAGCGACAACGACUGUGGCGACAUGAGCGACGAGCAGGAGUGCCCCACCACCUCCUGUGACCCGUCCAUCCAGUUUCGUUGUGUGGCGUCCGGCUCCUGCAUCCCGCUGGCCUUCAAGUGUGACCACGAGGACGACUGUGGGGACAACAGUGACGAGGAACACUGUGAGAGUCACCAGUGUGGACCAGGGGAGUUCACGUGUGCGCGGGGUGUGUGUAUCCGUGAGGCCUGGCGAUGUGACGGAGACAACGACUGCAGGGACUGGUCGGACGAAGCCAACUGUACAGUGGGUCACCACACCUGUGAGGCCAGUAGGUUCCAGUGUCUCACGGGCCACUGUAUCCCUAAGCGCUGGGUGUGUGACGGUGAUGACGACUGUCAGGACAGCUCUGACGAGGAGCAAGCACAUUGCGUGGGGGAUCGCUGUAAUGGCUUCCUGUGUUCCAACGGCACCUGUCUGCCUGCCAGCGCCCACUGCAACGGAGUACAGGACUGCCCAGGGGGCGCCGACGAGCAACACUGUGAUCCCCUGUGUACGCGCUACAUGGAUUUUGUUUGUCAGAACCGAGCCCAGUGCCUUUUCCAGUCUCUGGUGUGUGACGGCACCAAACACUGCGAGGACGGAUCCGAUGAGGACGUGGCCUACGCCGGCUGCUCCACUCACCCUGAGUUUGAGAAGACGUGUGACGCCUACAACUUCCAGUGUGCCAACGGAGUGUGUGUGAGCCUGGGGUGGAAGUGUGACGGUAUGAACGACUGCGGGGACUACUCUGAUGAAGCCAACUGUGGCUCCCCCACUGAGGGGCCAGGCUGCACACGGGACUUCCAAUACGAGUGUCGUAAUGGGCGCUGUGUGCCCUCCUGGUGGAAGUGUGACGGAGAGAAUGACUGCGGAGACUGGUCUGACGAGGCUCAGUGCACUGGAGUCACUCCACACACCCCUGCCCCAGGCCCAUCGUCCUGCGCCCCUAACCGCUUCCACUGUGGCUCGGGAGCCUGUAUAGUCAACUCCUGGGUGUGUGACGGCUACGCUGACUGUCCCGAUGGCAGUGAUGAACUGGGCUGUCCCACAGGCACAGCCAAAGGCACGGCGACACAGGCCCCGUGGCCCACCCACGCCCCUCCCCUGCCCCCUGGCCGUUGCAGCAAGGGCCAGUUCCUCUGCCGGAAGCCCCCCACCUGCAUCCCUGAUUGGCAGCGCUGCGACGGCCACCAGCACUGCCUGGACGGUUCGGACGAAGCCCACUGUCCCACGCGAGGGCCUCUGACAUGUGUUAACGGCACGCACUGCGCUGACGGGGAAACCUGUCUGCUGGACGGUGAGAAGUGUGACGGCUUCAUGGACUGCUCCGAUCACAGUGACGAGGACAACUGCACCUCCGACUCUCUGGUCUACAAGAUCCAGAACCUGCGGUGGACGGCAGACUUCUCUGGCGCCAUCACCCUCACCUGGUCCAGACCUAAGAACCUGCCCCUGGCUUCCUGCUACUUCCUCAUCUACUACAGGCUGGUGGGCACCCAGCAGUGGACCUCCAUGGACACACACAGCAACAAGAGCAGCUACACCCUGUCGGUGCUGAAGCCAGACACCACGUACCAGGUGAAGGUUCUGACGCAGUGUCUCAGCAAGCAGCACAAGACCAACGAUGUGUUGACCCUGAGAACGCCCGAGGGAUUGCCCGACCCCCCCAGAAACCUGCAGCUGUCAUGUGACAACGGAGAGGACGGCACGGUGGAGGCCUCGUGGAGCACUCCGGACAAAGCCCACGGCCUGAUCCGGGAGUACAUUGUGGAGUACAGUGAAAAAGGUGUGGAGUGGUUCUCUCAGCGAAGCACCGGCAACGGUGUGGAGGUCAAAAACCUACAGCCCAGCACUCUGUACAAGUUUAGAGUGGCAGCAGUGACGGGUCGAGGUAUGGGGAACUGGACUGACGUUAAAUCCAUCAUCCCUAAGAAAGCUCUGCCACCCCCCUCAGUUAUCACCGAUAGCAUCACAGAAGACUCGAUGAGCCUAUCUUUCAGCUUUAACUCCCAAUAUGAGGUGAGGCAGUAUGUGGUGGUGCUGUCUUGGGUGUUUGAUGCUCACGUGAAGGAGAGCAGGAACUACACUGUGCGAGGCAGCAUACUGAAAGCUGCCAACCUGACCACGGGGACCAUCUACGAGGUGGCUGUGUGGGCCCAGACCGGUGUAGGAGACAGCCCCACAGCCCUGUCUCGCCAGCAGACCAAAGGCACCCAGCCGGAGCCUCCCCUCCUCAAGGCCCGGGCCCUCAACCAGAGCUCUGUGGACUGCAGCUGGACUGUAACCGGAGCCCCUGCACAGGUGUAUGGCAUCUUCUUUGCCACCUCCUUCUUGGACCUGUACCGCAGCCCUCACAGUGUGAACACCAGCGUUAGCAGCCGGACCGUCACUGUGGACAGUGAUGAGCAGUACCUGUUCCUCGUGCGGGCCAUCUCUCCCUACCUGGGCCCUCCCUCUGACUAUGCGGUGGUUAAGAUGAUUCCCAACGAGCGGCUGCCUCCUCGUAACUUGCACAAGGUGCGCGUUGAGAAGACCCAGGCUAUGUUGAAGUGGCAGCCUCCCUACGACUCCCCCAGCGCUCCUCUGACGUACGCGGUGCACCUGAAGGACGUGGUGCGUAAGACUGAGAGCAGCUACAAGCUGACCACCCAGAACAACACGGUGGAGUACUGCCUCAAAGGCCUGGAGCCCGGCGGACACUACAGCGUCUCCGUCCGCCUGCGCAACAUGAGCAAGGAGGCCAGCUACACGCUCAAUACAAUGCCCCUGCCUGCUCCAGAGGCUCUGAAGAUCCUGACGGAGAAAGACCAUGUGUUCCUCUUCUGGAAGAGUUUGGCCGUAAAGGAGAGGAGCUUCAAUGAGAGCAGGGGCUACGAGGUGCACGUGUACGACAGCCUGUCCAACUCCACCGUGCUCCUGGGUAACACCACGGAGACCUUCUUCCGGAUCAGCAGCCUGCUGGCGGGCCACAACUACACCUUCUCUGUCCAGGCCCGCUGCCUGCUCAACGGACAGCUGUGUGGCAAGUCCGCCCUGCUGCUCUACGACCAGCUGGGACAAGGUCCCAGCGAGGCAGUGCGGAGCUCGGGUCAGUCAGGGGACAUGGCAGUAGUGGUGGUGCCGGUGUUGUUCCUGCUGCUGCUGGGGCUGUGUGGGGGCCUGGUGGUCCUGUACCUGAGGCACCGCCGCCUUCAGAACAACUUCACCGCCUUCGCCAACAGCCACUACAACUCCCGCCUGGGCUCGGCCAUCUUCUCCUCAGGGGACGAGCUGGGUGACGAUGACGAAGACGCCCCCAUGAUCAGCGGCUUCUCAGACGACGUUCCCAUGGUGAUUGCGUAGUGGGACCACCCCUUCACGUCGUCGUCUUCUUUUCCUCCCUAUCACUCUACUACACACUCUGCCCUGCCUGUCCCAACCCGUCACCUACGCGCUGGUGCCCACGUGGUAUGACCAAAAAGUCAGAGGUCACGAAAGAAGGUGCGCCAACACUUUCGUCAACCAACCCACUCUGAGAAAAAAGUCUUAUUGGAUUCAGGAUCAAAGGAAGAAAAGUGAAGCGCAACAAGAGAUAUUUUUUUGAAAAAUACGAUGCACUUUUUUUGGAUGCGCAAUAACUUAUUUUUUUAUACAUAAUAUAUAUAUAUAUAUAUAUAUAUAUAUAUAUAUAUCGGUCAAAUGACUUUGUUGAUCGGGAACUGAUGCUAACUGUGAAGGAUUGUGAGUUUGUCAGGCGAGUCGUGUGUUAGAGAAAAUCCCCUUUUGAGUUACAAACUCACUCCAUAAAGAACUGUUCAUUGCUUGAAGCCAAAAUAAGCACCUAGCAAAAAACAUCCAAUGCAGAAAAUAUACACCUAAUACUGUAAAAGUAAAAAAAUAUGUUUUACAAGGAAAUGCUUCAUAAAAAGAUUUAGGAACUCAAGCUCUUGAUACAGCAUAAAUUAACUUAGUUUUCAUGGUAUUUAUUCAUGGUACGUUGUUCAGUGUCCGUACUGAAAUCGAUCUGAAUAUGUUGCUGUCUGUUGGAAUGAGAUCACUUUAAUCUGUUGAUAUUUGGUUUGAAACUGUCCAUUAGUCUAAACACAACAAUUGGCGUCCGAGUAACCAUCAAAUGAGUAGCGAUUAGAUGAAAUCGAUGGCACCAUGCUGUGUCUUAUAGAUCCAUGUUCCUCCUACCACCAGCACAGGAGUGGCUGUAGUCAACUCAGCAGUAACAAUAGUACCGAAAAGUUAUUCCCGUUUACCGUGCUAUUAACUCCAAAACGUCAGCGCGAUCAUUCUGUUGUGUUUCUCUACUCGCAAUGCUGCAUCGAUAAUGCUGUAGGUGGAUCUAUAGGAAAAUAGUUUGAUUUUAAUUGGUUUUAUCAGGACCACCACGGUGUAAAUAUUAUUGUUAUUCAAAUAUUAUUACGCCCAAUUAGCUGCCGUUAGUUUGUAGUGUUUGGAACGUUUGUCUCUGAUGUUCUCAGGGAACUGAGUCUUUGUCUGGUCUGACACUGGCGUGGUCUGAUCAUCUGAGUCUUUCGCCAACACUCGGGAACCCUCACUGAGGUACUAUAGUAACCCUAGGGGCAAUGAUGAGCAUGAUGUUGGAAUGACGUCAUUUUAUGGUUGUAAACUGUUUUUCUGGUUGAGAAGAAGUUAUAAAACCAGAUUACAAGGAACUUGUCUCUGUUUCAAACUAUGUAUUUUUCAUGACGAGAGCAAGAUGUCAUGGGAAAGACGUCACAUUUUGGUUGUUGUGGUUGCUGUUAUUCUUCUUUUUUUUACAAAAAAUGUAUACUUCCAAUCUACAACCUGAUGAUAAUGUCAUUAAAGACAUUAUAAUGACGUGAUGGAAACCACUUUUGCUUGCUGGGAUAGCAGUAUGAUGUUUAGGUCACAGUGAGGGGGACUGUGUCCAGCUCUGUCUCACUGUGUAGCCAAAUGCUUCACGUCAAUAGGAUGUGACAAGCUUAAGAAGAAUAUUUAAUUGUAUUUUUCCCUUUCCCAUCCUAUUGUGUAGUCAUGAAACGUGUAUUUUCGUCUAUGCUAAAGAGCCAUUUCAAGUUGAUGUAAGGUAUGAUGCUUGUAUUCAUUGACCUGUUUUUUGGUUUAUUUGUAAAUUUGUUCAUGAAUGUAUUUUAUAUCUGUGAUUUUAUGGCUUUGGGGCGAUGUGGAAACCGGUCACGUUACUAGUCCCCCCCCCUUCUACCUCCCACCCCUCGUGUGAAAUGGAUACAUUUGCAGUCCUCUCACUUUGUAAAGCCAAAAAACUCUACUUUGAAUGGUUCACCCCUAUACUCUUGGAAGAGAGACCUGAAAAUGGAUUUUGAUAGUGUCUGACUGUAGACUGGUUCAGGGCAGGCAUCGUGCCCCCAGGCACCAGGACCACGUUCCCACCUCCAUUCCCCUAUCCCACUGUGGGGGUGACGUCACAGCAGCCCCCCCCUCCCCCUCCCCCUAGCACUCUUCCUUCCCGGUCACUGCAGGGCUGCUUUCACUACAUUGUUUUGACGUUCUUCUCCGUAAGGUACUUGUGAUUCUAUCUCCCCCUUUUCUGCUUUCCUGGCCUUAAAUAGUGUUGAUACUGUUUAUUUUCUGUGGACUUCGAUUUGCCACAUAUGCCUUAUUAGAAAACACAUUGAGUUUGUAUGUAUGUACUGUAUUUAUGACGACACAAGUGCACACCCACACUCACAAUACCCUUACACAAUGCUAAAGAGAAUGAUCUGUACUGAAGAGAGAGCAGUAGAAGUUGUUAUUGUUAUAUACAGGUCACUACUCCUGUCUGCAUUGGCUGUUUAAAAGGCACAUAUCUAAAGCCACCUGAUGAUUUUAUCUCAUGUAGUCCAAGUUUUGACAAUUGUACAAAAUAUAAUUCUUGAUUAUUGUGUGACCGUUUCAACCCCUACCCCCUCCCAAUGUAGACUUUUUUUUCUUUCUGUAAAAUAGUAUGCUUAAAGUUUUUUGCACAGAAUAUAAUGUUGGACACCGCCAUAUUUUAAUAUGUUGAUCUUGCUUGCUUAUGGGGGUCUCAAGGACGUGAGACGUUUGAGGUACAGUGUGAAGUGUUUUUAAAACCACUUAUACUGAAAUAAACUUACUGGAAAUGUGGCAAA